AUGACUGCUGCCACCGCCGCUGCGGCCGACGCUGCCGCUACCGCCCGCGCCGCCCAAGAUGGGCCCCUGCCGGCCCCGGCCCACACCCUCGACGCCCAGCGCAUCGUCGAGGCCUUUGAGACCGACAUCGAUGGCGGCCUCACCCAUGACCAGGUGCGCGCCAACCUCGAGCGCUACGGCCCCAACCGGCUCAAGGAGGUGCCCCCGCCCUCGUUCCUCGCCAUCCUCGUCCGCAACACGCUCAACGCAAUGACCAUCGUCCUCAUCGCCGCAAUGGCCGUCAGCUUCGGCACCCAGGACUUCAUCUCGGGCGGCGUCAUCGCCGCCCUCGUCGUCAUCAACGUCGCCGUCGGCACCGUCAACGAGUACCUGGCCGAGCGCACCGUGGCCGCCCUCGAGGCCAUCGGAUCCCCCUCGGCCAACGUCGUCCGCCGCGCAUCGCCCGGAUCCGCGCCCGAGAUCGCCACCAUCAAGACCGAGGACGUCGUCCCCGGCGAUGUCCUCAUUGUCAAGAUCGGCGACAUUGUCCCAGCCGACUGCCGCAUCCUCGGCGGCGGCCACCUCGCCGGCCUCGAGUGCGACGAGGCGCUCCUCACCGGCGAGUCGCUCCCUUCGGUCAAGACCGAGGAGCCCAUCCCGGACCCCGUCUGCCCCGUCGGCGACCGCACCUGCCUCAUCUACUCGGGCUCCCAGGCCGUCAAGGGCCGCGCCCGCGUCGUCUGCGUCGCGACGGGCAUGCAGACCGAGCUGGGCAAGAUCAGCGAAGCCAUGAAUCGCAAGGAAAACCUCAACAAGUCGGGCUGGGCCGCGCGCCGACACCGCAUCAACGCCUUCCUCGGCCUGGCCGACACGACGCCGCUGCAGAUCAAGCUCAACAAGCUGGCCUACGUCAUCCUCGGCCUUGCCUGCGUCGUCGCCGUCAUCGUCGUCGCGUCCACCGGCUUCCGCGACGUGCCCCUCACCAUCGCCACCUACGCCGUCGCCGCCGCCGUCUCGCUGCUCCCCGCCAGCCUGCCCGCCGUCAUCGCCCUCUCGCUCGCCACCGCCAGCCGCAAGCUGGCCGAGAGCAACGCCCUGGUCCGCCGCAUGGACGCCAUCGAGACGCUCGCCGCUGUCACCGACGUCUGCUCUGACAAGACCGGCACCAUCACCCUCGGCAAGAUGGUCACCCGCCGCAUCUGGGUGCCCGCCCGCCUGGGAGGCGCUCAUGGCGGCGCCGAAGAUGAGGCGCAGGAAAAGGCGGCACCGGAGCAGCCCGAUGCCGACGUCGAUGUCGACGUGCACGAGGGGCAGUAUUACACCGUCGAGACCGGCUCCGACCCGUUUCAGCCCCGCGGCGAGGUCCGUGCCGGAGGUGCCCCUAAGGGCGAUGUCCUGGCCAACGCCCGGGGUCAGGACGAGACCGCGGUGCCCACGCCCGACGGUGAACUGUGCGACCCGGACCACCUGGCUUUGCCCCUCCACCAGCUGACCCUCUGCGCUGCGCUGUGCAGCUCUGCCUCAAUCCAGCGCGUCCGCGCCGAUGGCGAUGGCGACGGUGAGCAGGAAGGCCAGAAGGCGGGCGACAACGAGGAGAAGGGCGAUGCUCGCGCUUGGGAGGGCCACGGCGAUGCCACCGAGGUCGCAUUGCAGGUCUACGCGCACAAGCUCGGCUACGGCAAGCCCCACCUCACCUCUUCCUCCGCUGCGGGUGCGGCCACCGACAACGACGACGACGACGACGACAUCAUCGCCUCCGCGCGCCCCGGGCAGUACGAGCUGCUGGUUGAGCACGCGUUCGACUCGUCGAUCAAGCGCAUGUCGAUGGCCUACGUCUGCCGCCCUCGCGCCUCGUCGUCGGACGAGGAGCACGUGCUGGUCGUCAUGAAGGGCGCCUUUGAGCGCGUCUUUGACCGCUGCACCGAUAUCCUGCUCGACGACGGCGCCGCUGCCGCCGGCCAGUCGACGACGCGACCCAUCACGGCCGACGACGCCGCCGAGAUCCAGGCGCACUACGACCGCCUGGCCUCGGACGGCCUGCGCGUGCUGACGCUGUGCGCCAAGCGGCUGCCCGUCGGCGAGGCCGAGCGCGUGCGCGAGCUGCCGCGCGACGAGCUCGAGACGGGCAUGGCCUUUCUCGGGCUGGCGGGCAUCUACGACCCGCCGCGCACCGAGUCGGCGCUGGCGGUCGAGGACUGCCACCGCGCGUCGAUCAUCCCGCGCAUGCUGACGGGCGACCACGUGGGUACGGCCAUCGCCAUCGCGCUGCAGGUGGGCAUCCUGCGCCCCAACUACGCCAAGACGGCCGUCAUGACGGGCCCGCAGUUUGACGCGCUGAGCGACGACGACAUCGACCGGCUCGACGCGCUGCCCAACGUCGUGGCGCGCUGCGCUCCCGAGACCAAGGUGCGCAUGGUCGAGGCGCUGCACCGCCGCUGCCGCCUGUGCGUCAUGACGGGCGACGGCGUCAACGAUGCGCCGUCGCUCAAGCGCGCCGACGUCGGCGUCGCCAUGGGCAAGAACGGCUCCGACGUGGCCAAGCAGUCGGCCGAGAUUGUGCUGUCGGACGACAACUUUGCCACGAUUGUCACGGCGGUGCGCAAGGGCCGCGGCAUCUUUACCAACCUGGCCGCCUUUAUGCUGUACCUGCAGUCGGCCAACAUUGGCCAGGUGGCGCUGAUGCUCCUCGGGCUGGCGUUCAAGGACGAGAGCGGCGAGAGCACGUUCCCGAUCAGCUCGGUGGCCAUCCUGUGGAUCAACACGCUGUGCGCCGGCCCGCCCGCGCUGGCCCUGGGGCUGGAGCCGACGCCGUCGGACGCCAUGGAGAAGCGGCCGUCGGAGUACGCGUCGAUCUUUACCUUUUGGUGGAUCGUCGACCUGUUCGCCUACGGCAUCGUCAUGGCCGCCAUCGCGCUCCUCAACUUUGUGGCCGUCAUGUGGGGCUACUUUGACGGCUACCUCGGCCUCGACUGCAACUCGGGCGUCGACAGCUCGGCGUGCAACCACACGGGGCGGGCGCGCGGCGCCGUCUUCGCGACGUUCCUCAUCGUGCUGAUGGUGCACGGCUUCGUGUGCAAGCACCCGACGCAGAGCAUCUUUGCCAUGGACCUGCUCGAGAACCGCGUGCUGCUGUGGUCGGUGGUGCUCAUCUCGCUCAGCGUCUUCCCCGUCAUCUACAUCCCGGUCAUCAACGACAAGGUGUUCCUGCUGCUGCCCAUCAAGUGGGAGUGGGGCAUGGUCGCCGCGAGCACCCUCGUCUUCCUCGUCGUCACCGAGCUCUACAAGCUGGCGAGGCGGAUGUGGUGCGGCGGCGACGAUGCACGCGCAAAGGUGCGCCGCGAGGGCCUGCCCCUCGACGGCGACGGCGACGAGGCCCUCACCGAGGAGAAGAGGAGGGAGGUGCGUGAAAAGGCCAACGUCGGCGGCGCCUCGCCCGCCUGA